AUGGACGGUGGCAUUAAGACAACAUCACCGUCGUAUUACGAUGUUCUCGGUGUCUCCGUUAACUCCUCAGCGGAGCAGAUACGACGAGCGUAUCACAAACUGGCUAUGAAAUGGCAUCCUGAUCGGUGGACGAAAGAUCCACUUAGGUCUGGAGAUGCAAAACGAAGGUUUCAGCAGAUUCAAGAAGCUUAUUCGGUGUUGUCUGAUAAAAGGAAACGAAGUUUGUACGAUGUGGGGCUCUACGAUACUCAAGAAGAUGAGGGAUUCUUCGAUUUUGCUGAAGAGAUGGUUUCACUUAUGGCACAGACGAGAAGAGAGAAAAAGCAAUACACCUUGGAGGAGUUGCAAAGUAUGGUCCAUGAUAUGGUCUAUGAGUUCCAAUCAGAGCCAUUGUUCCAGAACCAGUCAAUGGAUAUGAAAUUUGACCUGAACCAACCGUUAGAUUGGACUUCACAGAUGUCUCUACCAGUGUCCAGCUUCGAGUUCUGUCCUCAGAGCAGCUACUGUAACUAGAUCAGCAUACGCACAAUCUGAACCCGACAGGUUUUGAAACCGCAUCUCUCGAACUAAUGUUUGAAGAACCAUUGCCUCAAAAUGUGACAGGCUACGGUUUGUGAAUUACCUUUUAAAGAAAAAUUAAAGGUUUGUAACUGCGUUGAUGCGUUUGUACUGUUGGACUUGUUUUCAUAU